AUGGUGGCGACUACUGAUUGUAUAGACAACCCCGUCUCAAUCACUACAAACAAGGUGUCUAAACCACUCAUGGAGAAGAAAAGAAGGGCUCGUAUUAACAAGUGUUUGGACCAGUUGAAAUGUCUUCUGGAAAGCCAAUACAGCAGCACUAUUCGGAAGCGCAAACUGGAAAAGGCUGACAUCUUGGAGCUGACCGUGAGACAUUUGAAGCACAUUCAGAAAUCUCACACCGUUGCUUCCAAACUCGGCGAACUAUCAGAUUACCAGAAAGGUUUUCAUAGCUGCCUGGUAAACUUCAACCACUACUUGAUGAUGGCCGACACCGUGACUGAGCGAGAACGCCUCAAGUCGGCGCAGUUGCACAGAAAAGUGGAGGUGGACAUCUCCAGGACCACGGACAGCGGCCCGGCCAGCUCCGAGACGCCUGUUGUUCCAUGGAGAGCCGAGGACCAGGACGAAGCCGCUCACAGGAACCGCAGGGCGUAUCACCUUUGCCCGAAUAAAGACACGUUGAGGCCCACAAAGGGGGGAUCCACGAAAGACCUCCGGGAAAAGCAAGUCACUCAGAAGUUUCACUCUAAAAGUCCUAGUGAAAUUAGGACCACUCAUAAAAUUAUGUGGAGACCUUGGUAG